AUGGACAUCUUCACCACAUGCUGCAUCCGCAAAGCCACCAGCAUUGUUUUGGAUGGAGAACAGAAAGACUACCCAUUGGAAGUGGUGCUGUUGUCGAUGGUGGGGGAAGGCAAGACCGUUACCGGACGGACACAAGGAGUUUCCGUAGCGCCUCUGGACUGGUGUGAGCUGCAGGACAAGCUGGUGAUGGUGAUGGAGCGGCCGGUGCCCUGCAAGGACCUGACAGACUACAUCAAUGACAUUGGUUACCUACUGGAAGAGGAAGCUAAGGUAAUCCUGAAGCAGCUAGUGGAGGGUAUGAUCGACAUCCACUCUAAAGAGGUCCUGCACCGAGACAUUAAGCCAGACAACAUUCUGAUACAGACGGACCCUGAGGGUCCGCAUGUGCGCGUUCUGGACUUUGGCUGUGGCGACUUCUUGCGGAAGACCCCUACACCAGCUAUUGUGGUAUGGGUUUACAGAAAGACUGAAUACACUCCUCCUGAGUGGUACCUGCAGAGGCUCUACCAGGGUGAGCCGUGCACUGUGUGGCAGAUUGGAGUUGUGCUGUUCUACAUGCUGACUGGAGCGCUCCCCUUCCACAACCGCAGAGAAAUCAUUAGGGAGGAGCCCGACAUACCAUACUACCUGUCGCAAGAGUGUGAGGAUCUGUUGAGGAGCUGUCUGGACAAGGAGUCUCGAAGCAGACCAUCUCUCCACGACAUGCUGCAGCAUCCCUGGCUACAGUGA